UAUAAACUGUAAUGAAAGUGAAAGUCAGCAGCUCCAUUUAGUGUGGAGUGAAAACUAAAAGAUUUCAGGAGUAAAAACACAUGAAACCACGAGAACCCCCUUUCAAUAGGCUGGCUACGGACCUGACGUGUGUUCCGCUGUAAUCUGGAGAAGGAGACAUGACCUCCAACAUGAGUGUGUCUGGAAAACAGGACUUAAAGAAAGACAAGAGAAUGAUGAAGAGAAAGAGAUCAGACUCACCAGAACCCAGCUGUGUGUCCAUGAAGAGUGACUGGUCAAUGGAUCUUCCAUUUAACUUCAGAGACAGAGACAGUUCUACUGAUGUGAGACCACAAAAAUCAAACAUCAGCACAAAUCAGCUGGACUCUAUAUUCAAGGAGCUGGAACACAAAGUCAUCACUCUGAUAAAGAAUGAGCUGAAGAGGUUUAGGAAGCUCCUGAGUCCAGCAUGCACUGAGAGGGAGGUGGAGGAUGAGGAGGAUCUGCACAGUGUCAGAGAUGGAGCGCUGAAGAUCACACUGCACGUUCUGAAGAACAUGAACCACACAGAUCUCGCUAACACACUGCACAACAAACUCGACUCUGUGUAUCAGCCAAAGUUGAAGUCCAAGCUGAGAGAGAAGUUUAAAAGAAUUAAUGAAGGAAUCUCACAGCAUGGAAGCUCAGCACUUCUGAAUGAGAUCUACACUGAGCUCUACAUCACAGAGGGUUGGAGUGGAGACGUCACUAAUGAACAUGAGGUGAGACAGAUUGAGGCAGCGUCCAGGAGACCAACACAGGAGACACCCAUCAAAUGUAAUGAGAUCUUUAAAGACAAGUCCAUCAGAACUGUGCUGACUAAAGGAGUUGCUGGAAUUGGAAAAACAGUCUCUGUGCAGAAGUUCAUUCUGGACUGGGCUGAAGGAGAAGUAAAUCAGGACGUCACCUUCAUGUUUCCACUUCCCUUUAGAGAGCUGAAUCUGAUGAAGCAGCAAAAUCUCAGUCUGAUGAAACUUCUUCAUCACUUUUUCCCAGAAAUAAGAAAACUAGAAUCAAUAGACUGUGACUCCUACAAAGUGGUGUUGAUCUUUGAUGGUCUGGAUGAGUGUCGACUUCCUCUAAAUUUCCAGAAGAAUGAGACAUUGUGUGAUGUGACAGAGUCAGCCUCAGUGGAUGUGCUGCUGACGAACCUCAUCAAGGGGAAUCUGCUUUCCUCUGCUCUCCUCUGGAUAACCACAAGACCAGGAGCAGCCAAUCAGAUCCCUCCUGAGUGUGUAGACCAGGUAACAGAGGUACGAGGCUUCAGUGAUCCUCAGAAAGAGGAGUACUUCAGGAAGAGGAUCAGUGAUCAGAGACUGGCCAAUAAAAUCAUCAGACACCUGAAGUCUUCAAGAAGCCUCUACAUCAUGUGUCACAUCCCAGUCUUCUGCUGGAUCUCAGCCACUGUUCUAGAGAGAAUGUUGGGUGAAGCAGAGGGUGGAGAGAUCCCCAAGACUCUGACUCAAAUGUACACACACUUCCUGAUAUUUCAGAUCAAACACAAGGACCAAAAGUACCAUCAGAAAUGUGACCCUGAUCCUCAGCAGACCAGAGAGAGUAUCAUGGCACUGGGAAAACUGGCUUUCCACCAGCUGGAGAAAGGAAACCUGAUCUUCUAUGAGGAAGACCUGAGAGAGUGUGGCAUUGAUGUCAGAGAAGUGUCAGUGUACUCAGGAGUGUGUACCCAGAUCUUCAGAGAGGAGUUUGGGCUUCACCUGGGGAAGGUGUUCAGCUUCGUACAUCUGAGUGUUCAGGAGUUUCUGGCUGCUUUAUACACAUUUCUCUCCUUCAUCAGCAGAAAUGUAACAGAACAUCAAACCUCUGAUCUGUCUGAUCUUUUCAGGAAGUUAAACAUGUCUGAUCUCCUCAGGAGUUCUGUGGACAAGGCCUUACAGAGUGAGAAUGGACACCUGGACCUGUUCCUCCGCUUCCUUCUGGGUCUCUCACUGAAGACCAAUCAAACUCUCCUACGAGACUUAAUGCCACAGACAGGAAGCAGAUCUCACAGCAAACAGGAAACAGUGGAGUACAUCAAGGUGAAGAUCAGGGAGAAUCCAUCUCCAGAGAAAUCCAUCAAUCUGUUCCACUGUCUGAAUGAACUGAAUGAUGAUUCACUAGUGCAGGAAGUACAAACUUACCUGAACAGAGGAGGUUACAGACGUCUCAGUGACACCAGACUCUCUCCUGCUCAGUGGUCAGCUCUGGUGUUUGUGUUACUGACCUCAGAACAGGAGCUGGAUGUGUUUGAUUUGAGGAAAUAUGAUCCAUCAGAUGAAGGUCUUCUGAGGCUGCUGCCAGUGGUCAAAGCCUCCAGAAAAGCUGAUCUGCAUGUGUGUAAUCUGACAGAGGAAAGCUGUAGAGUUCUGUCCUCAGUUCUCAGCUCAAACUCCUCCAGUCUGAGAGAACUGGACCUGAGUGUCAAUAAACUGCAGGAUUCAGGAGUGAAGCUGCUCUCUGAUGGACUGAAGAAUCCACACUGUACACUGGAGAUACUGAGUCUGUGUCUCUGUAAUCUGACAGAGGAAAGCUGUAGAGUUCUGUCCUCAGUUCUCAGCUCAAACUCCUCCAGUCUGAGAGAACUGGACCUGAGUAACAAUAAACUGCAGGAUUCAGGAGUGAAGCUGCUCUCUGAUGGACUGAAGAAUCCACACUGUACACUGGAGAAACUGAGGAUUCGUUACAGCAGUAUUACAGAUGAAGGUUGUGUUGCUCUGGCUUCAGCUCUGAGGUCAAACUCCUCAUCACACCUGAGAGAACUGGAUCUGAACAAUAAUAAUCCAGGAGAAUCAGGAGUGAAGCUGCUCUCUGAUCUACUGAAGGAUCCACACUGUAAACUGAAGACACUACACAUUAAGGGUAAUAAACUCACCAGGUCUGGUGUAUAUGACAGGAGUCUCUCCUCAGACCUUUUUUCCAGGAUAAAUCAGUUAUGGCGGUGAAGCGUUAGAACACGUCUCACAUUUCCAGCCGUUUGGGAGCUGAAUCAUUCAUAUUUUAUGAAUAUAUUUUACAACAAUUAAUACAAGAGAUUAAAUUUAUUUAACAACAUAUUUUACAAUCCAAAGUUAAAUCCUUCAGCAUCUACACACAACACAGAGAUAUCAUCACAGGACCUCUGCUUACUUUCUGAACUUGCUGAGUUCCUGUGCACGUUCUCCACAGUGUUUGUAUGGGUUUCCUACAAGUUCUCUGGUUCAAAAACAUGACAGGAGGCAGAGCAGCUACACACACUAAAGUGACCCUGUGUGUUUAUGGAGCCUUAAACCUAGUUCCUUAAACAUUAUUGACCUAAGAGAAAUGUAUUCUUGCUUGAUGAGGUCACGUGGCCGAGGAGCCAGAGGUCUGAUUCGGAUAAUGAAGCUGCUGAGAUGUGAAGAUGUUCAAACUAACAAUAAAACACAAAACACAUCCGUCGUCGUUUAUUUCUUACAAACAUCUAAAUUCUUCAAGUUGGCGGUUAUUAACAGUGGUGAAGGUAAAGAAUUACAACUACUCACGUUACUGUAAUUACGUACAAUUUUUUGGGGGUAUUUGUACUUUUAUGAGUAUAUUUUUAAGUCUAUAAUUUUACUUGUACUUCAGUACAAAUUAAAAUAAGUAAUUUACUUUGUUAUUUUAAAAAUCACGAUUCUGCAUUUCGGUAGCCAAUAAAAAUAUCUCAUUAGUGAUGAUUCGGUUCACUGAUUCUCGUUCAGCAAAAUGAACGAAUCUUUUUUCGAGUCAUUUCGUUCACUUCAGCAGAAUGUAAUUAAAAUGUUUCCGGCUCAGACCGCAUUGCCUUAGUGUCUAUGGUGCUGUCACGUCAUGAACAAACCACUCGAAAGGUGAACUAAUCUUUUCUGUUUAAUGAUCACAUGCGCAGUCAACACAAAAUGAAUGAAUCACUCCCCUAAAACGACUCGUUAUUCUCGAGUCAUGGUUCGUGAACGACACAUCACUAUAUCUCAUCUUAACGGACCAAUAAAAAGCCUUGGAUUUGAACGAAAAACUAAAGAUUCAAAAGUGUUUUAGUGUCUUUUAUAAAAUGUCUUUUAUAAAAUGUCUUUUGUUGUCUGGAUCUUGUCUGAUUCAGCAGUUACUGAUAAUUCAAUAAAUAUCACCAGCUAAAAAUGUAUUGAGAUGUGUAUAUUGUAUAUUAUAGCCACUAGAGGGCAGUG